AUGCCGGGGCCCGAACGACGCGAACGCUCUCCGACUCCCGCGCACAGCCACGCGAACCCCGGCACCCCAGCGCUCCGCUUCCGGCGACCACUGCAGCUUCCGACACCCCCUGGCCCCCCGCGCCAGAGCAAGAGCAGCUCCGAAUGGCUGCGACGCGUCCAAUGUGCAGCCUUGGCCCUGCGGGGGGGCGGGACCUGUGGGGGCCUGGCCAAUGCUCGGGGAGAUCCCGCGUCCGGGCGGGCCGUCAGGAGCGCGGCCGUGGGGGGCGGAGCUUCGAGGCGCAGGGCCGGACGCCGACAAGGGCAGCCCACUCCUCAGUACAGGUUCCAGAAGAGAGACAAAGCGAUGCUAUACGGCAGGAACAUCAUGAGGAAGGUGACCACACUCCCCCACGCGCUUGUGGGGAACACAGCUGCCCCCCCGCAGUGGGUGAUGAAGAGGACCAAGGUGCUAUCUUUGGCCAAGAGCAUCCUGCGUUUCAAGAAGGAAUACCCCACCCUGCAGCCAAAGGAGCCCCCGCCCUCCCUGCUGGAGGCCGACCUCACGGAGUUCGAUGUGAAGAAUUCUCACCUGCCGUCAGGAGUUUUGUACAUGCUGAAAAAUGUUCAGGUCCUGGGUCACUUUGAGAAGCCACUUAUCCUGGAACUUUGCAAACACAUGGUGUUUGUGUAGCUUCUGGAAGGGGAGUACGUCUUCCGGCCAGGGGAGCCAGAUACCAGCAUCUAUGUAGUGCAGGACGGGCGGCUGGAGGUCUGCAUCCAGGAUUCGGUGAGAGCCCUUGGGUGGGGCAGGGCUGGGGUCUGUUGUCCCGCCGCUCACCUGCUGCUGUGUGGCCUGGCUCCUAACAGGCUGCGGACCGCUACUGGUCCGGGGGCUGGGGACCCCUGGUCUAAGGUGCUUGCUUGGCGUCAUGGUUUAAAGUGUGUGGUUGAGGUCUCUGUUCUUUCUCUGCCCCCAGGUUGUGACUCGCUGAUUCACCUCUUGGGCGAGAAGAUCCUGGGCAGCCUCCAGCAGGGAACUGCGACGGCUGGGUGCCUGGGUCACCAGUUUGGGCUACAUGCUGUAGGGAGCAAGUGGGACUCGGGGAACCCUGCCAGCAACCUCUCCACAGUGGCCGUCAUGCCCGUGUCAGAGGAUGUGCCCCUCACCGCCUUCACCCUGGAGCUCAAGCAUGCCCUUAGCGCCAUUGGCCCUGCCCUGCUGCUGACCAGCGGCAACGUAAAACAGCGCCUUGGCUCUGCUGCUCUGGACAGUAUCCACGAGCACCGGCUGUCCAGCUGGCUGAGGCAGCAGGAGGACAUCCACCGGAUCGUGCUCUACCAGGCGGACAGCACGCUCACACCCGGGACCCAGCGGUGUAUCCGGCAGCCCGACUUCAUCCUUAUCGUGGGCCUGGGCGAGGCCCCCGGAGCUCCCUCAUGCCCCCGCACCCCCUGGGUCACAGCUUCACAGAGGAAGGGCCAAGCACGCCACAGCCGGGUCGGUCUUCAGAACCAGGGUACCAUCCGCCAAGGCCAAGACCUGUGUUGGGCUGGGGCGCUGGAGCGGGUGCUGGAGAGCGCGGCUGUGCGUGCCCAGAAGCGCCGGGAGGACGGUCCUGUGCCGGCCCGCACUGUGCAGCGGCUCAACGUGGGGGGCUGCUCCGGCCACCUCCACCCCUGCUGCCCUCGCUGCGUCUCCAGGAGGAGCCUGCCCGAGCUGGUGGAGCCGUCCGAGCGGGUCUGCCAGAGGCCCCCGGACCGGCGCUCGGACUUCUCCGGCCUGGCGCGGGUGCUGACCGGCAACGCUGUCGCCUUGGUACCCGGGGGAGGGGGGCGUAGAGGCUGUGCCCAGGUGGGCAUCAUCCAGGCCCUAACAGAGGGCAGCAUCCCUGCGCACGUGCUCGCGUCCACCAGGGCCUUCACAGGCGCCCUGUGCUCUGAGGAGUGGAACUACAGCCAGAUACGGAUCCGGGCCAAGCAGUGGGCUGAGGAUGUGAUGUCGAUGGUAAAGACCAUGCUGGACCUGACCUACCCCAUCCCCUCCGUGUUCGUGUUCCCGGGGGCUGGCUUCAGCAGAAGCAUCGGCAGUGUCUUCAAGGACAGGCAGAUCGAGGACCUGUGGGUCCCCUACUUCACCAUCACCACAGACAUCACAGCCUCUGCCAUGCGGGUCCACACAGAUGGCUCACUGUGGAGGUACGUGCGUGCCAGCAUGUCCCCGUCGGGCUACAUGCCCCCGCUCUGCGACCCCAAAGAUGGACACCUGCUGAUGGACGGGGGCUACAUCAACAACCUCCCAGCAGAUGUGGCCAGGUCAAUGGGGGCAAAGGUGGUGAUUGCCAUUGACAUGGGCAGCCAGGAUGAGACAGACCUCACCAACUACGGGGAUGCGCUCUCCAGGUGGUGGCUGCUGUGGAAGCGCUGGAAUCCCUUGGCCACGAAGGUCAAGGUGUUGAACAUGGUGGAGAUCCAGACGCGUCUGGCCUACGUGUGCUGCGUCCGGCAGCUGGAGAUGAAGAGCAGCGACUACUGCGAGGACCUGCGCCCCCCCCCCAACAGCUACGGCACCCUGGACUUCAGCAAGUUCGACGAGAUCUGCGAGGUGGGGUACCAGCACGGCCGGACAGUUUUUGACAUCUGGGGUCGCAGUGGCGUGCUGGAGAACAUGCUGCAGGAUCAGUAGGGGACGAGCAAGGUGAAGGCGUCCAAUGUGCUCACCUGCCCCAACGCCUCCUUCAUGGACCUCGCUGAGAUCGUAUCGCGUAUCGAGCCUGCCAAGGGGGCUGCAGCACGUGGUGAGUUGGACCCCGGGCCAUAUGCCCACACAGCUGAGGAUGGUAGUGGCAAUGUCCCCUCCUGACCCUUGACACUCUCAGUAAGCCACCCUGGCCACCAGGCUCCCUCUAGCAGCCCCUGGCCCCGGUAGGCUGCAUAUGGGGACCCAUGCCAGCCCCUGCCCCUGCUCUCAAGAGGAUACCUGCAUGGCCCUGCUCUCUGCCCAGAUGAGUCUGACCACCAGACCGAAUACAAGGAGGUGCUGCUGGGCGGCCCCAGCCGACCUGGGCUCCGACUCAGUGAGCUGCCCGGACACCCUGUGCUCCCCAGCUGAGCUGCCAGCUCCAAGGGCUCCAAAGCAGGCCAGCUGCUCCCUCCCUGCUGCCCUCCUGGCUUGCCCCCACCUUGACCUUGACCGUGUGUGCGGUUUGCUUCCAGGAGGACAAGCCCUCGCUUUGGCAUCGGCACUCCCGUCUGGCUUCCCCUGAACCAUCCCAGGACUCCUCGUCCCCCCUGGCCCUCUGACCAAGAUGGGUAGAGGUCUCUGCUCUGAUGCACCCUGCAGCCAGCAUCUCCUGUGGGUGGGUUUCAGAGAACCAGCUGGCACAGCUCCUGCAGCUCUUCCCCAGCCUGCCAGGGAGACCCUGGGGCCCUGGACCCUGGGGCCCAGGGCCCUGCCAGCCGGUGUUGGAGUGUCUGGGGCCUCUCUGCGCUGGCCGCUCCUGGUGGGGCACUGGGUCCUGGCAUCCCCUGCACACACAGCAGUCCUGGGGGGCUGUGCCGGCCCCUGCGGGCCCCCUGAGGCCUCUGAGAUGUCAGAGCCCCUGAUGCUUCUGCUUAGCCUGUCAAUAAAGGUAGAUCUGAUUGU